AGCAUUUCAGUGUGUUGCUGUAAAUCCAGAAUGGAGGAUCAUCAGGAAAACUUGGAUCUUGAAGUAGUUUCAAAGAAGCUGGAGAAGUUUCUCUUCAUCAGUAAGGUGGACAAGAUGGAAAGAUACAACAGAUUGAUUGCAGAUGGUAAAAAUACUGCCAAACAAGGGAAUAUUCAUAAAGCCCUGGACCUUUUCAAAGUGGCAUACAACAUCUUCGAGACCCAGAAACUAAAGACCAGGAUAAGUAAAAUUGAAGAACUCCUGGCUCAGAAUGAUGAGGAGGAUGAAGAACUUGAGUUUGUCAAUGUGAAUAACAGCGGUUUAAAUCUCUUUAGAGAACUGCACGACAAACUGUACGACUACCAGAGAGAUGGAGUCUCCUUUCUGUACGGUCUCUACAGAGAUGGUCGUAAAGGGGGAAUUCUUGCUGACGACAUGGGGUUGGGCAAAACCAUCCAAGUUAUAUCGUUCCUCUCUGGCAUGUAUGAUAACGAGCUGGUAAAACAUACGCUGCUCAUCAUGCCAACAUCCCUCAUCACAAACUGGAUCAAGGAGUUUGCCAAAUGGACUCCUGGCAUGAGGGUAAAGGAGUUUCACAGCACCAGCAAGGCAGAGAGGACCAGGAGUUUGGAGACAGUUCAGAGAAGAAAUGGGGUCAUCAUCACCACGUACACCAUGCUGAUGAACAACUGGCAGCAACUGUCAUACCGAGGAAAGGAGUUCUGUUGGGAUUACGUGAUCCUGGAUGAGGCCCACAAAAUCAAAAACACAUCCACCAAAACAACCAAAAGUGCCUACGCCAUCCCUUCAAAGAACAGAAUUCUGCUGACAGGAACUCCAGUCCAGAACAACCUGAGAGAAAUGUGGACUCUCUUUGACUUUGCUUGCCAAGGUGCUCUCCUGGGGACAGCAAAGACUUUCAUAGUAGAGUACGAGAACCCCAUCACCCGAGCCAGGGAGAAGGAUGCCACCCCAGGAGAAAAGGCUCUCGGGUCACGGAUGUCUGAAAACCUCAUGACGUUAAUAAAGCCCUACUUCCUUCGUAGGACUAAAUCAGAAGUGCAGAAAAUGAGGUUGGUAGACAAAGAAGAACAUUUAGAUAACAGGGACAUUAAAGUCCAGAGUGAUCCAGCAAACUCAGGGGCUGUUAUGCCCAAACUGACACGAAAGAACGACCUGAUUGUCUGGACUUACCUGAGCAGAAUUCAGGAGGACAUUUACACACAGUUCAUUGGCUUAGACCACAUCAAGGAGCUGCUCCUGACGACCAGAUCACCUCUUGCUGAAUUAAACAUCCUAAAAAAGCUGUGUGACCACCCAAGACUCCUUUCUGCCGGUGCCAUUGCAAAGUUAGGCUUGCAGGAAAAUGGAGCAUCAGACUCUCAGAGUGAGAACAUCGAGUCCGACAAUAACAGCAUCGCCAACGUUCCCGAUGAAAACUUAAUAUCAGAGUCAGGGAAACUCGUCUUUCUGCUGGCGCUCCUGGAAAGGCUUAGAGAGGAAGGCCACCGCACGCUCGUCUUUGCUCAUUACAGGAAGGUGCUGGACAUCAUCCAACGCAUCCUCAGCAACAGAGGCUUUAAAGUUCUCAGACUGGAUGGCACAAUAACACAGAUUACUGAGCGAGAGAGACUCAUCUCUCUCUUUCAGAAGGAUAAACGUUACUCCGUCUUCCUCCUCACCACUCAGGUUGGUGGUGUUGGUAUCACCUUGACGGCAGCAGACAGAGUAGUCAUCUACGAUCCCAGCUGGAACCCGGCAACAGAUGCCCAGGCUGUUGACAGGGUGUACCGCAUUGGACAGACUGAAAAUGUCAUCAUCUACCGACUGAUCACCUGCGGCACUGUGGAGGAGAAGAUCUACAGGAGACAGGUUUUCAAAGACUCCCUCAUCAGACAGAACACUGGCGACACGAAGAACCCGUUUAGGUACUUCAGCAGGCAAGAACUGAGGGAGCUUUUCACCCUGAAGGACACAAGGUCCUCAUCCACACAGCUGCAGCUGCAAGCUAUGCACUCCAGACACCGACAAACCGACCCAGAACUGGAUGAACACAUCGCCCACCUCCACACCAUGGACAUGUUUGGGAUUUCUGAUCAUGAUCUCAUGUUCUCCCUGGACAUCAACCACGACGAGGCCCUUGAAAACCAGGAGGAGCACCACUACAUUGAAGGGCGGGUCCAGAAGGCUCAGGAGCUGAUGAAGGCCGAAUCCGAGCUGAACAUGCAGCUUGUACAGAGCAUAGUGCCGAACACAGAACCAGCCUGGACGAGAAUGCAGCCGGAAAAAAACAAAAAAAAGUCAAAUGAAAAGAAACCAAGAAAUCCCAAAACAAGUCCUGUGUAUCCACAGCCUGGAAACUCUUUCAAUUCAACACCUGCUGAAGUCAAUUUGGACCUGUCUGGUUCUGGAGAGGACAGCCAGCAGAAUCAAAUGGACCAGUCUCCUUCUGGAGAGGAAAGCCUGCAGAAUCUAACGGACCAGUCUGGUUCUGGAGGGGACAGCCAGCAGGAUGUAACGGACCAGUCUGGUUCUGGACAGGACAGCCAGCAGAAUCAAAUGGACCAGUCUGGUUCUGGAGAGGACAGCCAGCAGAAUUUAAUGGACCAGUCUUGUUCUGGAGAGGACAGCCAGGAGAAUUUGACAAACCACUCUGGUUCUGGAGAGGAAAGCCAGCAGAAUCUAACGGACCAUUCUGGUUCUGGAGAGGACAGCCAGCAGGAUCGAAAGGACCAGUCUGGUUCUGGAAGGGACAGCCAGCAAGAUCUAAAAGACCAGUCUGGUUCUGGAAAGGAGAGCCAGCAGAAUCGAAUGGACCAGUCAGGUUCUGGAAGGGACAGCCAGCAGAAUCUAAUGGACCAGUCUUGUUCUGGAGGGGACAGCCAGCAGGAUGUAACGGACCAGUCUGGUUCUGGAGAGGACAGCCAGCAGAAUCGAAUGGACCAGUCUGGUUCUGGAGAGGACAGCCAGGAGAAUUUGACAAAUCACUCUGGUUCUGGAGAGGAAAGCCAGCAGAAUCUAACGGACCAUUCUGGUUCUGGAGAGGACAGCCAGCAGGAUCGAAAGGACCAGUCUGGUUCUGGAAGGGACAGCCAGCAAGAUCUAAAGGACCAGUCUGGUUCUGGAGAGGACAGCCUGCAGAAUCUAACGGACCAGUCUGGUUCUGGAGAGGACAGCCAGCAAGAUCUAACGGACCAGUCUGGUUCUGGAGAGGACAGCCAGCAGAAUUUAAUGGACCAGUCUGGUUCUGGAGUGGACAGCCAGCAGAAUUUAAUGGACAAGUCUGGUUCUGGAGAGGACAGCCAGCAAGAUCUAACGGACCAGUCUUGUUCAGGAGAGGACAGCCAGCAGAAUUUGACAAACCACUCUGGUUCUGGAGAGGAAAGCCAGCAGAAUCUAACGAACCAUUCUGGUUCUGGAGAGGACAGCCAGCAGGAUCGAAAGGACCAGUCUGGAUCUGGAAGGGACAGCCAGCAGAAUCUAAUGGACCAGUCUUGUUCUGGAGAGGAGAGCCAGCAGAAUUUCAUGGACCAGUCUGGUUCUGGAGGGGACAGCCAGCAAGAUCUAACGGACCAGUCUGGUUCUGGAGAGGACAGCCAGCAGAAUCUAAUGAGCCAGUCUGGUUCUGGAGAGGACAGCCAGCAGAAUCUAACGGACCAGUCUUGUUCUGGAGUAGACAGCCAGCAGGAUCUAACGGACCAGUCUUGUUCUGGAGUGGACAGUCAUCAGAAUUUGAAGGACCAUUGUGGUUCUGGAGAGGACAGCCAGCAUGAUCUAACGGACCAGUCUUGUUCUGGAGAGGACAGCCAUCAGAAUUUGAAGGACCAUUGUGGUUCUGGAGAGGACAGCCAGCAGAAUGUAAUGAGCCAGUCUGGUUCUGGAGAGGACAGCCAGCAGAAUCUAACUGACCUGCCUGUGUCUGGAGAGGACAGCCAGCAGGAUCUAACGGACCAGUCUUGUUCUGGAGAGGACAGCCAUCAGAAUGUAAUGAGCCAGUCUGGUUCUGGAGAGGACAGCCAGCAUGAUCUAAUGGACCAGUCUUGUUCUGGAGUGGACAGCCAUCAGAAUUUGAAGGACCAUUGUGGUUCUGGAGAGGACAGCCAGCAGAAUGUAAUGAGCCAGUCUGGUUCUGGAGAGGACAGCCAGCAGAAUCUAACUGACCUGUCUGUGUCUGGAGAGGACAGCCAGCAGGAUCUAACGGACCAGUCUUGUUCUGGAGAGGACAGCCAUCAGAAUGUAAUGAGCCAGUCUGGUUCUGGAGAGGACAGCCAGCAUGAUCUAAUGGACCAGUCGGGUUCUGGAGUGGACAGCCACCAGAAUGUAAUGGACCAGUCUGGGUCUGGAGAGGACAACCAGCAGAAUCUGGGUAGUAAAGCAAGAGACAUCAAGGAGAACCUAAAUGGAAGCUCCCACGCUGAGAUGGACCUGAACCUCAUCCCACCUUCUGAGAACAAAAGACUUGUCCUGCAACUGUCGAACUGGAGCUUCAAAGCAGAAACGAGCUCUAAACUGGACUCCUUACAUGGAAACUUCAUCUUACAGCUAGAGGACAGCAGCGAUGAUGGUCUGGAGGACAUAGAGACUGAGGAAGAGGAGCAGAAGCUGCUGUCUAAGCUUCAGAUGAAUGGCAGCUUUGACAUUAACAAGUCUCUGUCAGAGAGUCUGUGCAGACAAACCGUCAACAGCUGUCAGGCAUCAGUCAUGGACGAGUCCAUGAAUGAAUCCAUGGUGGUCACCAGGAAGAAGACAGCAGUGCUGAUUUAUGACAAUGAGGAGGAAGAGGAGGAACAGCAAACGAAGGGUCAACUAAGCAACUUCUUCCAGGUGCUCGGAGCCUCCACACCUAAAUCAGCAGCCUCUGGUUCCCCCCAUCAUCGGUCCAGAAGGAGUCUGGGAGGAAAUGCUUCUGUGGUCUCCCUUAUCCAGUCCAUCAUGGAGGACAUGGACGACCAGGAGUUCACAGUAGAACAAGAUGAGAACAAUGAUGAGAGUGCAGAGGAGGCUGAGGAGGAAAAAAGAGGGAAGAAGGAGUCCAUAGAUGUUCAGGAUAAUGCAGCAGGGGACAAGAGGAGAAGGACGAGGAGAAGACCAAGACAGAGAGCGAUGAAGAAGAGACGAGGACAGAGGAGGAGGACAGGAGGAUUGAGGAAGACAAGCAGGAGGAAAGUUUUUAAGUAAUGGAUUCAUUACGUGACUAGUGAGGAUGAGCUGGUAUCUGGAGGGAGGACAGAUCCGUCCACUGUGGACAGAUCUUCUCAUAAGCAAGUUUAUGUGUGAUAAAAACAACCCACCAUGUAGAGUGUCUAGAUGAAAUGUGCUGUAUGAACAUGUAGUCUGUGAUGCAAACACAUGUGUGAUGCAUUUAAUUCUGUUAUGUUCAUGUGUCAUAUUAUAUGGCUCAUGUAUGUUUGAUCUUAACAUUUGUAUGUUUUAUUUCUAUGCUGUUGUUUUUUUGUUUUGUUUUGUUGUUUU